AGAAUAACGUCGGGUCGGGUCAGCGGGCGCUGCAGUAGUCGCCGCAGCGGCGAUGGGAGCGGUGGGGACGAGGCGGCGGCGGCGGCAGGAGGAGGAGGAAGAGGAGGAGGAGCAGAGGCUGACACAAGAGCAGCGGCCGGGGGCGGCCUGCAGCAGCCCCAGCAGCAGCAGCGGCGGCAGGAACGGCAGCAGCAGCCGCCGCCGCCACCGCCAGUAGACGCGGACCGUACCCGAGGGGACUCGGCGGCCGGCCGGCCCUCGGAAGCCGCGCUCGGGUCCCGCCGCAGUGGGCGGCGGGGGAUGGGCAGGCGGCGGCGGCGCUCCCGCCUGCCGAGGGGCGUCCCCUGAGGGCCCGGGCCCUCCACCCCAAAUCUCUACGUCCGCCGCGGCCCAGGUUAAAUGGAAACCACCAUUGAGAGCUAGAUGCCUGUGUAGCUAUUUUACCACAUCAGUGUUCUGCAAUGAGUGGGGGAGGAGAGCAGCCAGAUAUCCUCAGUGUUGGAAUCCUGGUCAAAGAAAGAUGGAAAGUGUUGAGAAAGAUUGGGGGUGGGGGCUUUGGAGAAAUUUACGAUGCCUUGGACAUGCUCACCAGGGAAAAUGUGGCACUGAAAGUGGAAUCAGCUCAACAACCAAAACAAGUUCUGAAAAUGGAGGUUGCUGUUUUGAAAAAACUACAAGGGAAAGACCAUGUUUGUAGAUUUAUUGGCUGUGGGAGGAAUGAUCGAUUCAACUAUGUGGUCAUGCAGUUGCAGGGUCGGAAUCUGGCAGAUCUUCGCCGUAGCCAAUCUCGGGGCACAUUCACCAUUAGCACUACUCUUCGGUUGGGGAAACAGAUUCUGGAGUCUAUUGAAAGCAUCCAUUCUGUGGGAUUUCUGCACCGAGACAUCAAACCGUCCAACUUUGCCAUGGGUCGCUUUCCUAGCACAUGUAGGAAAUGUUUUAUGCUUGAUUUUGGCUUGGCUCGACAAUUUACCAACUCCUGUGGUGACGUCAGACCACCCCGAGCUGUGGCAGGCUUUCGAGGGACAGUUCGUUACGCAUCCAUCAAUGCUCAUCGUAACAGGGAAAUGGGAAGACAUGAUGACCUUUGGUCCUUAUUCUACAUGUUGGUGGAGUUUGUGGUUGGUCAGCUGCCUUGGAGAAAAAUAAAAGACAAGGAACAAGUAGGCUCUAUUAAGGAGAGGUAUGACCAUCGGCUCAUGCUGAAACAUCUUCCUCCAGAAUUCAGCGUCUUUCUGGACCAUAUCUCCUCUUUGGAUUAUUUUACAAAACCAGAUUACCAGCUUCUUACAUCCGUGUUUGACAACAGCAUCAAGACCUUUGGAGUCAUUGAGAGUGACCCUUUUGAUUGGGAGAAGACUGGGACUGAUGGCUCCCUGACCACCACCACCACCUCCACCACGCCUCAGUUACACACCCGCCUGACCCCUGCUGCCAUCGGAAUUGCCAAUGCCACUCCCAUCCCUGGAGACUUGCUUCGAGAAAAUACAGAUGAAGUAUUUCCAGAUGAACAGCUUAGUGAUGGGGAGAAUGGCAUACCUGUUGGUGUAUCACCAGAUAAAUUGCCUGGGUCUCUGGGCCACCCUGGUCCUCAGGAGAAGGAUGUCUGGGAGGAGAUGGAUGCCAACAAGAACAAGAUAAAGCUUGGAAUCUGUAAGGCUGCUACUGAAGAAGAGAACAGCCAUGGUCACGCCAAUGGUGUUCUCAAUGCACCAAGCCUUGGUUCACCAAUUCGUGUACGGUCAGAGAUUACUCAGCCAGACAGGGAUGUGCCAUUGGUACGAAAGUUACGUUCCAUCCACAGCUUUGAGCUAGAGAAACGCCUGACACUAGAGCCAAAGCCAGACACUGACAAGUUUCUGGAAACCUGCUUGGAAAAAAUGCAGAAAGAUUCCAGUGCAGGAAAGGACUCUCUUCUCCCAGCUCUGCUUCAUAAGCCUUGUGUUCCUGGUGUGCCCCGUGCUGAUCACAUCUGGCACUAUGAUGAAGAGUAUCUUCCGGAUGCCUCCAAGCCUGCCUCUGCCAACACCCCUGAGCAGGUGGAUGGAGGCGGCAGCAAUGGAUUUAUAGCUGUCAACCUGAGCUCUUGCAAGCAGGAGGUCGAUUCCAAAGAGUGGGUGAUUGUGGACAAGGAACAAGACCUUCAGGAUUUCAGGAUAAAUGAGGCUUUAGGCCAUAAAACAACUGGAAGCCCUUCUGAUGAGGAGCCUGAAGUGCUUCAGGUUUUGGAGGAAACACCUCAAGAAGAAAAGCUCCAAGUCGGUCCUUGGGCGGAAAGUAAUCCUUUAAGGAAGGAAACCUCAGGUGUGGUCUUAGUUCUUUCUGUGGAUUGCCCCGCUGCUUCAGAACCAUACACAGAUAGGCUGGACCUCCAGACCGGAGCCGGUCAGUUCACUGCAGUGACACCCACGAGUCCCAUGGAGGCACAAGCAGAAGGACCCCUCACGGCGAUUACAAUUCCUAGACCUUCUGUGGCAUCAACACAGUCAACUUCAGGAAGCUUUCACUAUGGUCAGCAGCCAGAGAAAAAAGAUCUGCAGCCCAUGGAGCCCUCUGUGGAACUCUAUUCUCCAAGGGAGAACUUCUCUGGCUUGGUCGUGACAGAGGGUGAAGCCCCCAGUGGAGGAAGCAGAGCAGAUUUGGGACUGCAGAUAGAUCACACUACUAACGACAUGCUACCCAAUGUUCGAGACAGUGACAGAUCUCAAGACCUGGGACCAAAAGACCUUCCUGACCAUAAUGAACUGAUUGGGAAAGAAUCUGAGACUCUCCCUGGAGAAGCUGAAGAGAAAAGCAUUCUUCUAGGGUCUGAUAACGAAGAGGAAAAGUUAAGUAAAGGGCAGCAGUGUGUUGCGAUUGCUUUCCUAGGGGAUUUGGCAACUGGGGAAAGGGAUCAUUCAGCUACUAUUGAACCUCUUGAUGUGACAAAGAUACAGACUUUUAGUGUAGUGCCAAAUCAAGACAAAAAUCAUGAAAUAAUGAAGCUUCUGGCAAUUGGAACUUCAGAAAUUUCUCCUAGAGUCAUUGACCCACAUGCUGAAGGACAGAUGGGCCAGGUGGCCGCAGUGCAGAAGUGCAAGCUGUCUAAGGAUCAGGACAUCAAGAGUGAAGAUUUCCCUAGGCACCAGGGAGACCUGUCUACUUUCUUGCGCCCCGAGGGUAAGAAAGAGAAAAUUGCCCCUAGAAAUGGAGAACUCUAUCAUUGUGUUUCUGAGAAUGAGAAUGAACACAGUCCCCCACCCCGGAAGGAUGUGGUUAGGUCAUCUUUUAUAACUAGACAUAGCCGCAUCCCUAUUUUAGCACAAGAAAUAGACUCCACGCUUGAAUCAUCUUCUGUAGUGUCUGCAAAAGAAAAGCUCCUCCAGAAGAAAGCUUAUCAACCAGACCUAGUGAAACUUCUGGUAGAGAAAAGGCAAUUCAAGUCCUUCCUGGGUGACCUCUCAAGUGCCUCUGAUAAGUUGCUGGAGGAGAAGCUAGCUGCGGUUCCUGUGCCCUUUUCUGAGGAGGAGGUCUGCACUCCCUUUUCCAGACUGGCAGUGGAUUCUCACUUGAGUAGGUCAGCGGAAGACAGCUUUCUGUCUCCCAUCAUCUCCCAGUCUAGAAAGAGCAAGAUUCCAAGGCCAGUUUCCUGGGUGAACACUGAUCAGGUCACUAGUUCAGCGUCAUCUCAGUUCUUGCCUCGACCACCACCAGGAAAGCCACCUACAAGGCCCGGAGUAGAAGCCAGGUUACGCAGAUAUAAAGUCCUAGGGAGUAGUAACUCUGACUCAGAUCUCUUCUCCCGCCUGGCCCAAAUUCUUCAAAAUGGAUCUCAGAAGCCCCGAAGCACUGCUCAAUGCAAGAGCCCCGGUUCUCCUCACAACCCCAAAACACCGCCCAAGAGCCCAGUUGUCCCCCGAAGGAGUCCCAGCGCCUCUCCUCGGAGCUCAUCCUUGCCUCGCACAUCUAGUUCCUCACCGUCUAGGUCUGGACGGCCCCACCAUGACCAGAGGAGUUCAUCCCCACAUCUGGGGAGAAGCAAGUCACCUCCCAGCCACUCGGGGUCCUCCUCCUCCAGGAGGUCCUGCCAACAGGAGCACUGCAAGCCCAGCAGGAACGGCCCAAAAGGAUCCAGCAGCCUCCACCACCACGCCGCCAGCACGAAAACCCCCCCAGGGAAGAGCAAGCCCGCCAGCAAACUCAGCAGAUAGGAGCCACGCUACAGCUCUGGGACAGGGUCACAGAUGGUGAAAUUCCUUUUCUAUUGUGUGCCUCCCGUACACGUAGGCCUUGCCAUCUUCAUUUUCUGAAAACACGUACUUGGCUCGUAACAGCUCAGAUUGUCCAUGCCUUCCUUCCCUGUAUAAAACGUGAGGGCUGGUAGUCUUUAACAAGCCAAGAUGAGAUGUUUAAUUUCCAUCCUACAAAGACUUUAAUAGGGGAAAAAAUGACUGGGACAUGCUUGUGUUACUGGUUCAAAGAUUCAUCAUGAGCGACAACAGAGUGCUGUCCUUAAGGUUAGAGUCACUCGGUGGGGAUAGUAAUCACGGGUCUGACAUCAACUGAUUCUGAAAACAUUUCCUAAAGAUUAUUUUCCUCUUUAUAUCACUUACUUGGAGGAGUAGAACAGGGUUGAGGGAAUCAGAUAUAACUUAGAAAUCCUUUUUGUUUUUCUGUUAAAUUAACACACUGACCUCUGUAGUCAGAAACGUGCUCAUCAUAACGGACAGAGAAACUGCUGAGGCCACCGCUGUGCACUGUGAGACUGUCCACCUCGCCGCCGGUACUCAGAACCGAGGCGAGGACCACACCGUGGCUACUGGAUGUUUUCUUUGCUAGUUCAUUCCUCCCAACCUUUCCAUGUAUGGCCUCCCUUUCCAAGUGACAUUAACAAAACUCACCAAGAGCCAGAGGUCAUUUCAUUCUGUGAGAAUCUUUUAUUUUGCAUGUAGGGAAGAAAAGUUAACCAAAGAUAUUUCUGCUCUGAUACUUUUAAAAUAAAAUAGAACUUACUAUAUCUUAUGGAUCAAUAGGUCAUUUCUAAGUAAUGUCAUUAUAUAAAGAGAUUUACCUUAUAGUUUUGAAAAGUAUAGUUUGUGCUUUUGGAUAUUACGUGUCUCUCAGGCUGAAAAUAGAAGUUGGAAGCAACUUCUAUUUUUGAGAAAAUAGAAACAAGCACUUUGGUAAAGAUUUUUGUCUUUAUUUUAUUGUAAAAUAUGAUGCAGAGAACAGUUGUUUUUUUAGAUUUUUUUUACUGUUUAUUUUUGGGGGUUUAGUGAUGGCAUAUUUUAGAUUCAGUCAUGCUUUAUUCACAUACACUUAAGCCAAUUUGAUUAUUUUAUUUCAUGGCCAUUAGCAAAAAUCAAGCCAAACUAUACUGAAAUCAGGCUGGGGCAAGGUCAACAAGAACCUCCUGAUUUUUCCUGUGGAAACCUAAACAGGCUUACCUGGUUACAUUUGCCCUGCUUUUUUCUGUACUAGCCUGCAAUGGGAUUACCUGGGUGGAGCAGAAAAUGGAAAUGCUUUUUAGCUAGUGUUCCCCCUGCAUUAAGCUUCUAUAUAGCUCCUUGGUCUAUGAAUUGGUUGAAAGACUUAAACCCCACCUAGCAAUCUUGCACAGCUUAAGGGUAAAUAACUUGAAACAGGAUUGUGGACAAAGAAGAAAAAUAGCAUCCUAUCUCAUUCAAAGGGAGACGACUACAUGUCAUCUUAAACCCUAGACUGGCAGGCAUGUUCACUGGUUGGCUGUGGUGAGAUAGAUUUCCUAUUUUUUAAGCUGUAAGUUACGUAGUGAAUUUUUUUUUCUUGGUAAAAAUUGCUGAGCUAAUCGAGCCCUAAAUAAGUAGCAACAAGGAAAUUGUUAUGACCCCCUGUCGUCAUCAUCCACUUUCCAUGACCCUUGCUAGCUUACUUCCCUGCUGCCCUGCUGCAUACUAGGUGGCUAUUGGAGAUGGGCAAUUCCUCUCUAUUUGAUCCCAGCCUGGGCUGGGGACUGAGUAAGCAUCAGAGAUUCCUUCCUGGCCACAGAUUCCUACACACGAUGUAGUAACAUCGACUUCACAAGGAAAAAAGCGUACAGUGGUGUAUGUGUUAGGAACUCAGAGACGGAUAUGCAGAACCAGAAGGAGGUUUUGUUUUUUGUUGGUUUUUCCAUGCAGUACCUUAGGAUGUAAAAGAGAUUUUUUCCCCCAAGAGCAAACUACUAUAUUCCUAACCUAAUGGAGGACUUGAUGAUAGAAGAAACAGCAUUUUGAGUUUUAGUGGCUAAGUAAGGAAAGAACAAAUAAAUGCAUCUUCUCUGGCUAUUUGAAAAUACAUUUGUUUAUAUAAUCUAAUUUAGCUUUUUUUAAUAUUUAAAAAACUUCUUGUAUUCCUUUAUGUCUACCAAAACAUGGCACUUAUUCUGUCAUGUUUUUAUAGUGUAGAAUUGUUUGCAUUCACUUAUUUAAAAUCUGCCAUUUCAGUUUUAUACAUUGUAUCACCUGUGUGUUAGAACUUUUUGCUUCUGGGAGGAAAGUACCUAUGUCACUAAGUCAAUAACAUGGC